AUGCAUCUCCCCAGUGAAAACGCUGCCGAGGAUACGGCGACCUGGCCAGAUCUGCCUGAUGGGAGCUUCACGGCCAGUAUGGACGGUCCCGACACGGUUCCCAAAGGGAGUCCCCGGCCCUUGUCGCUCCUCUUCUGGAGAAAAUUCCAGCGCGGGAGCACGCCCAACGAGGACAUCCUUGCUGAUGCCGCAUUCUUGGAUCGCAAUUUCAUCGACCCCUUCGGCAUGCUGCUACGGGAGGUCGAUCUCGCCCAGUUCCAGACAUUCGACAAAGUCCUCCUGAGGUUCAUGCAGGGCACCAAGUACCAGCUGCAGAUUUUCUGUGUUGCCGAUGGAGGCGGCAUCGAGUACAACGCGGCCAGCGCGGACUGGUUUGACCCGCACGUUCGUUUCCUGGCGGUCGUUACGUCUGCCCAACACGCCAACUGGACGCUCUUCAUUGUCGGCUCGGACGCGUUUGACUCGGGCGAACGGUUCUUGCAGGCAGCCAGCUGGGAUGGCAGUUCCUAUCGAUUCUACGGCCGCGAGACUCUCAACCUCUUCCCAAUCAGUAUUCCCGUGCAAUGCAGUGCCUGGAUCUAUCAGGGCAACUCAUCGGAUGCCUUUGGACCAGACACAUCCUACCUUGGACCCUUCAGCGGCCAUGUAAACGGUGCUCCUACCAUGAAGGAACUUCGCCAACCGUGGCUGCACUGGAACUCGACCGCUGCAGGCAUCGACGACUGCCUCUCGCCCAGCCAGCGCGACGAUUUCGGCCGACGUCCAUACCUGUCGUCCAACCCUUCACAGGUCUUGAACCGAGUAAAGCUGGCCAAUGACCUGGAACCAAUCGUGGUGAGGGGCAUCCAGCAGUUUUCGCAGACACGACUGGAUGCAGACUUCAAGAGCGGCGGCAAUCCCAGCACGUCGCCGUCGAAUAUUCCACGAUGGAUGGCCCAGCUACUCUUGACAACGACGGUGAACAUCCGCUGUGGCGAGUUCCAGUCGGACGAAAGUAUCUCUGUGCCCGCCGAGCACUUUUUCAACGCAGAGCCCCUCAGUAACUCCAAGCUCGCCCCCCAUGACACCAAUUACACUGUCACCAAAGAGCUCUACGAUCAGGCCUGUAAAGCACUGGACCUUGCCCUACUCCAGGAAGUGGAUUCAUUCGAGCAUGUGCCGGCGGAUCGGCAGACGACGCUCUAUCCCGGGACGCUAGGAGCGGGAAAGGACAUGGGAAGCCAUGCGCAGGUCAAGUUUGCCAGGGCAUUGAACGGAGAAGGCGGCAGUGGCCCAUUCACCAUCCUCACCCCGUCGAUCGAGGACGUGGCUGGCGUUCUGAAGUUCCAGAGCAUCACUCCGGUGGUGUCCUUGAUCUCGCACAGGGCGUUUGAUUCCAUGAUCAUGGUUGAUUUCUGGAAUCCAAUCUACUCCUGGAGGCGAGGCAUUCUCAUGCAAUACAUGCCGACGUCGACGACCUUCUUCCCCGGAACCAAGGUAUAUGAUCUCGAGAGCAAGUUCAUCGACGCUUUGGGGAAAUCUCCAUGGGCUGGGCAACCGUGCGAACCAGAGCACGAGUUUCUUCAGCUGUACAACAACUAUAAGCCAGACGAAUGGGCGAAGGAUACCGCCAAAUAUACCAAACUGAUCAAGAAGAACCUGAAGAAUGCAGACCACGUCCUCGCCUACAUGGAGCUUGCUGAAUCACGGCGCCGCAUCUACCGGCCGCUCCCUCUGAACGAGUUCGGCUUCACGUUGCCCUUUGCGGUGAAAUAUCCCCAGUUGGAUCAGUUUCCACUCAAGGAGAUGACGAGCUCCGCAACGGUCGUCAACAUGCCACAGCGCGGCGUGGACUUCAUCACCGCAUGGACGGCGACGCUGUGGACAAACAAUCCCAACAUCGUGGCGAAGGCGUCGCUGUCGGCUCGCAACACCGAGUCUAUGCACGCCAGCCUUGCUCCGCGAGCCCCGAGUGCUCUGCCCAUGAAGGAGCGGACCCCGGUCAAUCCGUCCAGCUUUUCUGCACGCAAAAAGGCCCAGGGAUGUCCUGUGAUGCAGAAACCGGCCAAGACUGUGCCUCCCCCUGCGCCAGGGCCAGCACAACCGCCGCGUGUACAGUUGAAGCCCACUUGGGAGGACCAUGUCUCGCAGCUGUUCCGCUGCCCAUGGUGGAUCGAGGAGAAGCGGCGCGAGCGUGUCGGUCAACACUGGGUCAAGGCGAUGAAGUACUGGGGCCCCCUCGACCUGUCCAGCUAUGAGGCCGUGCGUGGGCAGGCUCGUACCAUCUACGACCACUUCCGGUCACGGUCCAUGCCCAUCGCCAAAAACGGAGCCGACUUCUGGCCGCCAGAGGCCCUCGAGACGUUCCGACAGUGGGCAAACCAGGGCUUCCGAGUGACGGCGUCGGACCCCGUCGUGUGCAAGCUGGUCAUCCCGCGGCAGGCUGAGACGGAAGGCGAGAGAUUUCGUGUGCGCAAGGAUAUCCGGGACUUGACUGCGGAAGAACUGGCAGAGUACCGCGCGAGAUUGGAUGAUGUGAUGCAGGUUGGAUGCCUUGAAUCGCUCUGGCAGGAGUUUGGGCACUUGCGUAUGCAAUCUCCCCCCCCCUUUCUCAUCCCCCAACAGGGACAUCACGAACCAGGUACUAACAUGGCUGCAGACGCGGAAUGGUGCCUUCACUACCAAGAGGCCUUUUCCCUAUGGCACCGCGCCUCCUUGAUUUACAUCGAGAAUCUCAUCGACUUCCCGAUCCCCUACUGGAAUUGCACUGAUAUAUGCACGGCAGACCCAGAUUCCUCGCUCGCGGGCAUCCCCCCUAUGUUCCUGGUGGAGACCUAUACUCAUCCAUCCAAAGGAACUCGUCCAAACCCACUGCGAUAUGCCCUGGCCAGGAACGGCCAGUCCAAGACCGGCAAUGGUGAGCACUACGUCAGUCGAGAUCCAACCCUGGUGAAGGGUCCCGGCGACCGCAACUGGCAGGACAAGAUCAGUCGCUUCAAGAUAUACCAUGCCCAGGUCGCCAAUGCCCUGAAACAAGCGACCUUCAGUCAGCCAGAGGGCAUUAGGAUGGGCUCGGGACACCCGUUUGGGAUCCCAUGGGCCAAUCUGCCGGCAUUUUCAGAUAUGCAGCCAGACAACCUGUAUCCGUACCGGGCAGACUUUGAUGGACUCUUCGAGCAGGCCCACGACAACUGGCACGGCUGGGUUGGCCCUGAUAUGGCUGACAAUGCAUACACCGCAUUCGAUCCCAUCUUCCUCUCGUACUAUUGCAACAUCGACCGGAUCGUGUCGAAGUUCAUUGCCGCUCACCCGGAAUCCCAGUUUACUUCCAACUUUCCCCUGCGCCCGUUCACCAAUCAGGGCAAGAAGCUCCACUACGAUGACCCCCGUGCCUACGCCUACACGACGGUGGGGGACAUGGCCAAGGAUACUCGCGCGCUGGGGUAUAUGAACCUCUACCGACAGGGGGGGGCCGGCGUCUCUCUUAUUCCUCCCAUGUCCAUCCUAACCAAGGGUCCUGCCAGCUAUCAGGGGACUCCCGCAACACCGGAGGACCUCAAGCAGCGACUCCAGGCGGCCGUUGUCUUUGAGAACAUUGCCUGCACCGUGGAGAGCUAUGCGAUCGAUGUCUUUGUCGGCCAGUCCCCAGAUCUGACGGCCAAUAUCGAGACCAACCGUCUGUACAUUGGCUGCAUUACACGCCUGGGGAUGGGUGCCGACGUCGUCCGUCAACGCUGUCGGAAAGCUCCGGUCACACGAGUGCUGUGGAUUGCAAAGGAGCUGGAGGAAGAUGUGAAUCGACGUGGCAUCCAACAGGUUGUCACAAAGCUCCCUGCCGGGGAGGCUGUGGAGGACGAGUGGACAGGAUGGACGGGGUUCACGGGGGAGCUACGCUGGCUGCUCAGGGCCAUGGAGCACUCAGGCGCCGGUGCAUAUAAUAAAUAUCAAGGCCUCGUCAGCCACGAUCCUUCAAAUUCUGAUCUUCACACGAUUCUGAUCUUCACAAUUCUCAUCGUACACCCCUUCUCCCUGCUCGUCGCAUACCCUCAUUUUCCCCUCGCUGCUGCAGUCAUCAUGGCACCCCGUCUGCCCCUGACCAUCUCGCAUCGCGGCUACAAGGGCAAAUACCCCGAAAACACGCUCGUCACGGUCGAGGGCGCAGUCGAUGCCGGCACCCCCGCGCUCGAACUCAUUACGACACCAACAGAACCUUUAAAAUUUACGUAA